GUAACAGCGACGACCGAGAGACUCUCGCGAUCGCAAACGUACGAGUGAGGGAGCGAGUCAGUCGGCCGAUGGUCCACACCACGCCGCGCCGCGCUGCGCUCUUCUCUUCUCCCCGGGCUUUUAAUUCAGGUCAAGAGUAUCUUCGCCUUUUUAGACGCACCCUCGGCACGCGCGCGCGCGCGCGCGCGCGCGCGCGCGCGCACGCCUAUCGAGACUGCCUUUUAUGGUCCGGUAUUUGAAAGCAAGCCACCGCUGCGCCGCUGGCGUUGUGGAGGACUUGAUCGCGAUCCGCUCUUCUUCUACCGAUUAUUCUGGUUUCACUCUCGCGCGAGUACACGAGUCAUGAGUGUGCAUUGUUAAUACAAGGCGCGCCUAGAGAUUGACCGAUGUAAUUGACAUUCCCGGCAUUGUCCUGGCAUUGUUGCGGCAACUGCUAAGUGAUAAGUCUUAUCUCUCUCUCUGCCCUCACAAAAAGUGUCAAGAUGUAUGGCUACAGCUAUCAGGAGCUGGCUAAUAGAAUGAUGUCAUCCAUGGAGGAAUUUCAGGAGGCCUUUCAGUUGUUUGACAGCCGUGGAGAUGGCAAGAUCCAUGUGUCCCAGAUAGGUGAUGCAUUACGCGCCCUUGGUCAAAAUCCAACCGAGUCAGAUGUGAAAAAGUUUACUCAUCAGCAUAAACCAGAUGAGCGUAUCAGCUUUGAGGUGUUUCUACCGAUCUACCAGGCGAUCAGCAAGUCCCGUACCUCCGACACGGCGGACGACUUCAUCGAGGGCCUGCGUCACUUUGACAAGGAUGGAAACGGUUUCAUAUCUUCUGCGGAAUUACGACAUCUUUUGACGACGCUUGGUGAAAAGCUCAGCGACGAGGAAGUGGAAACGUUACUGGCGGGUCACGAAGAUACACAGGGUAAUAUCAACUACGAGGAUUUUGUCCGCCAAGUUAUGUGCGGCUAAGCCUAGCUACUUAAACGCACUUAAGAGAGUAUUAUUAUUAUUGUUUACUUUGCCAUUUAUCCGAAUCUGUUGAAGCGUUUUACAUUUGAAGUAUCAUCAUAUCAUAGCAUGUGUACCUAUAUAUGGCGAUUUAUCUCGAGGGAAUCCUAAACGUAAACACUAUUUUAUUACGUACUAUGGGGAAAAGAAGAUUAGUCCUUUAUAUAUAAGAGUCUAAAUUAGUUAAACAAUGGUAGGUAAAGAACAAUCUAGCGCAUUGUGCCUUGACGUAUACUCCGACUUAUGAGCAUUUAGUGAUAUCGAUAGUAUUGUAUGAUCUUCAGCGAAUAUCUGAAUUCCGCGGACAUUCCAAAAUUUUUGUAAGAUAGACUUUGAGAAAAACCGACGAUACCUGGCCCUCGAGGGCGAGGGCCGAGAAUUUUGAUUUACGCCUUAAUAGCACUUAAUGGCCUUGUACUUUUUUUUCUUUCUCUCUUCCCUCUCCAUCGAGUUCAAUAUAUUUUCUGUGUAGUUGAAGUGCAUGUUCAAGAAUCUUCCAUCUAUUGUUAUACGCCUUGGAAAAAGUGCGCAGAGAGUAUCCAUUAUUUAUUUAUGCAUGAGCGUAUUUAUAUCUCCGAAAUGCGCAAGAAAGGAUUAUUGUACAUUGCAAUGAAUAAAAAGAAUUGCUCUAA